AUGGACGACGAACCCGAGCGCACCAUCAUCCUCGACCUCGGCUCGUCUCCUGAUCCGCUCAUCGACCCGGUGCUGAGCCCGCCCAUGGUUAACAACAGCGCCAUUAAGACCUGGUCGCCCGCCGCCAAACGCCUGUACACCCUCAACCCAGAUUCCGUAUCUCGACCGCGACCCUCGCCCCGCCGCUCGCCGCGAAAGCGUACGUUUGAACUAGACGUCGGCGACGAGCGCUCGCCCCAGCGCCUGCGCGUUACCGUCGAGGCAGACCCUGCGGGGAGCAGCCCUAGGAACGAUAGCACGCGUCGACGCUUGUUUCGGUCGCCUACCCCGGGAGCUGGUCGCAGAAAGUCGACAGCGAUGCGCGAGACCACAAUCACCACGACCGUGCCCGUGCGCGGGCUGAGCGACGAUGAGGGGGACGCUGUGACGCCAGGAAGAAGGGCUCCGAGGAGAGCGGGGACACCAGUGGCGACGACAGGGAAGAAAAAGAGGCCUGGCACGCCGGCAAGACGGCGCGAUAGUCGCGCGUUUGAAAUCUCGCCGAGAAAGGAUGUGCUCGUAGAGGAUAUGGAUGUUGAUCCGGGGACGCCAGGGCCAGCGGUGCCGGGGAGUGUUUCGACGGCGAAGCGCGCGACCAAGAGGAAAGUUGUCUCGCCUGCGCCGGCGAGCCAGCCGAGGAAGAGGGGACGGCCUAGAAAGUCGCAGGCUGUACCGCCGGCAGGGGAGGAUAAGGAGAAUGAUGGAGUAGUUGAGGAGGGGAAGGGGAAGGGGGUUGUGUCUGAGGAUAUCAGUAAUGCUAUUAGAGACAGCCGGGCUGGCGAAAAUAACCUGGAGUCGGAUAUCUGGCUUGCUUCGCUGUCUGACCAGCCGACGCCAGUACCGGCGAGAAGGCAAACACAAAGGGAGCCGGAACUCCCGUCGCGAAACGAGCCUCCGUUCGAACCACAGCCCGAGCCACCGCGAGACGAGCCCCAGGAUCAAGGAGCGCACGACUGGCCCGAACUACACGACGCCCCCGGCGGCGACUGGAGCGACCGCGAGUCAGACGGUGAGCGUCGUGAUCAUGACGACCGAGAUCUACACCAAGACACAAUCAUGGCCGGCGAAGGAUUCACCAUGAUCUCCAUACACUCCCUGCCCUCAAUGCAGCUUAAGUCUAGUCAGCGACUGCUCGAUCCACCGCAGGAAGAGGGGGAGGAGGACAAAGAGCUGGACGAGGAAGCAAACCAAAUUAUCAACAGGACAUUAGAAUCUCUUAGGCAGAGCUUGAACAACAGGUCGAGUCAAUUGGGCCCCCAGCCGCCUGCGAAUGCGGAUUCGAAUCCCCAGACCGCCGAACCUGAGACGCGCCUAAAUGAAGAGCCUGAACAGGCGCCUGUCGAGCCAGAACCUGAGCAAGUACCCGAACCUACGCAUCACGAACCAUCAUCCCCCUCCCCUCAGCCCGCACCGGCCUCGAGCUCCCCUCACGAGAAGAGUUUCCUCCUCGAAAAGCCCCGUCGGCCGCGCCGCUCACUCAACCCACUCCAGGCCACACAGCCCAACGAAACCCUCAACUCUCGCGUCUACAAGAGCUCAUUCUCUUCGAUCCCCUCCGUCAUCCUUGCCAGCCCGACUCCAGGCCCGUCUUCCUCGGAGCAGCAGCCCGAAGCAGAGGCUGAGGCUCCUCAUGAGGAGGAAGAAAAAGAAGACAUCCAGCCGUCCAUCGAGCGGCCCUCAAGAGUACAUGACCCCCAACAACACCUUGAUCAUAGCAGGAUGUUGACACCUGAUGAGACUCCCUCGCCUGUGCCGAGCGAGCAGGGCGGCCACGACGAUGUUCACGAGCACGAACCGGAGCCGGAUUCCGAACGACAGCCGUCGUCGUCCCCGCUACCAGAGCCCCCCCGGCCGCAAUUCGAGCAAUUACCACCACAACUCCCACGACAACCCCAUGAGAACGAGCAACCAGAACUCCACUCUUCCCCCCCAACAACCCGCCCCCCUUCCGCAAACCUCCCCCUUCCAAGGACCAGUGGGCAUCUCCGCGCCCCCUCAACCGAAACCCCCGUCGACCAACUUGCUCCCUUCGCUGCCCCUCCUCCUGUGCUCCUGCCCGAGCCGGCGCAGCCUCUCUUGCCGCAGCCCACAACGGGCAGAGCAACGAGGCCGUCGCUCUCCCCAAUUGUCAGAGCGGGCAGGGCGCUGCAGAUUGUUACGAGCGACCCGCCUUCGCCGCCGGGAGGGGGAAGUUUGUUGGGGAGUCCGUUUAAAGGGAGUUUUAGUAGGAGGAGUGCUUCCCCUGGGGCGAGCCAUCCUCCGACGACUACCUCGGAGAGGAGGACGAGGAGUAGGUCGAGCUCCCCCGAGCAGGAGAAAGAAGCAGAGCAAGACCACAGCAACGAGGUCAGCGGUGGGCAGGACAGCAGCGGUGGUUGGACGUGGGGCGGUGACAAGGCAACUACAACUGCACCGGCGGCGGCGGCGGUGCCUUCGUCCCCCUCAAAAUCCUGGCUUGCCCCGCUUACGCAGCUUAAGGAUUUUGUUACGCGGACGGCGGCACAGGCGUUAGGGUCGUCGUCGCCUAGACGGGGAAGGGGGGAUGAUGGUUCUGCUGCACCAGAGGCAACUACGGCUGCGGUGAAGUCGAGUGUGGAGGGGGUGAUAGAUGACCCAUUUGGACCCGACCCGGAGGAGAAUGCUGAACAAGGGGGUAGGAGAACCUUGUUUAGCGGGCCGGGGAGGGGGAAUCGCUGGCGGGCGGAGAGAGAGAGGUUAGAGAGGGAAUGGGAGGAGAGAGAGCAACUCGAAAGGGACAAGCUGGAGAGGGAGGAGAGGGAAAGGUCGAGGGCCGCCGAAAAGGGGCAGAGGGAACGGGAACGUGAGAGGAACAGGUUAGCUGCGGAAAGGGAAAGGAAAGAGAGGUUGGAGAGGGAGAGGAGGAUUGCCGCUGAGAGGGAGAGGCUGGAGCAAGAGAGGUUGGUUGCCGAGCGGGAGGCUAGAGAGGCGGCUAGGUUGGUUAGAAGAAGAGGGGAGGAUGAGAUGAGUUUGGAUGGGAGUCCACGGCAUGAGAGCGAGAAGGAGGAGCCGCGGAAGGAGCCUGGUCGGCAGACUUCGAGAGAGUCUUUCUCUCGGCUUAGUCGUGAGCAACCGUCUGAGACUCAGCCUGAAGUCAAUGGCCCCGAGCCGAUGCAAGUCGACCAAGCACAAGGGGAAGACGAGGACUCCGACGAAGACAUCUGGGCCAUCGAAGCCGAGCGCUCUGCGUCCAUGACCGCCCCGAACACAACCACUACCACAGCCCUCCCUCAACAACGCCGCGAGCCUGUGGCUACCUCUCAUGCCCCUGCUCCUGGGCCUGCUCCUGCCCCUCGCAGACCCUCACCCCAAGAUACCUGGCACCGGGACAACAGGCCACAGACCUACACCGACGAGGCACAACCUUCAUCUGAGGCAAACGGCAACGGCCCCUUGCAACCUCAAACUCAGUCCCAGCCCGAAGCCAGGCGGCAGUCCUCCCCUAACGAUGAGAUGAAUGGGGACGAGGAGCUCGAAGGAUUCAGCAUGGUCGCCCGUAACAACCGACCUGAGCCGCCCCGUCCAACCUUUACGAAGCCCGUCAAAACCAAGCCAAACUUGGACAGCUUUUUCUCGUCACCGGCGACGCUACCUGAUAUUACGCAGGCGUCGAGGGGGUUGUUUGGAAUGAGGGCGGGGGAUGCUACGACGCAGCAACAGCAAAGUGUGUCGAGGCCGGAAGUUGGGACCGGAACGGUCAGCGGCACAGGUACGGGUACUGGGACCGGGGGAGGGCUGUUCUCACGUUACCUCCAGCCUCGUCGGGAGCAAGAAUCCCACCAGCAGCAGCGAGAACCGGAACUGGAGGAGGAAGAGGAGGAGGAGCCAGAAGAGGAGAUGCCCCCUCCAUCCGUCCCGCAGAAAGAAUUCCACAUCUCCCGAGAGCGCAGCAUGGACCUGUUCUCAUCCUCGCCCAUGCGCAACCCCACACCUGCAAAGCACUUGCUUAGGAAAGCGAUUGUCCAGGCGCAGCAGCCGAUCACUAGGGGGAUGUCGCCGAGUUCGGAUCUGUCGUUCCAGGACCAGGAUGAGGAUCACCAUGGUCGGGAGGAGGUGCGUGGGGAGAUGCAGACAAGGAGGGAGAGGGUGAGUAAAGGGGAUGGGACUGCCGUUGGGCAGAACAAGUCCACAGCCACCACUGCAGCGGGAACGUCAGUUUUUGCCGAGAACAGCCAAAUCGACGAUUUCUUCGCGCAAUUCAAGCCUGCGGGCUGGGGACGUGGACGCAGUCGACAACCUCAAUCUCAAAUCCAGCAGUCCCAACCUACUCCUGAACCAGAACCCCAGCCACCCUCCCAACCUCACCAACAACCCCAAUCUGACCACCGGCAACACCGCCAAGCUUUAGCGAACCACUACGAUGAUUCUGACUCUGACUCAAUCCCCCCACCCCCGGUCCUCCGUCCCCUUCCUAACCACCGCGAGGCAUCCCCUACAAAAUCAGCCUUGCGUUCGCCGCUCAAACCAAAGACGCCUGGCCCGGUGGUCGAGUUUACGAGUAGUACCCUUUCACCGAAUGAGCAGGCUCGGAGGAGGGCGGAGCGGCGGAAGGAAAGGGAACAUGAGAGGGAGGAUGGACGGCAGAGCAGGCAGGGACAGCGAUUGGAGGAGAUGGAGAUGGAGAGGGGACGAGGGGGUAGGGUUAAUGGACGAAGGUAUGAAGAAGAGGAGGAGUUGCCUGAGUCGGAUGGGGAGGUUGAGGCAGAUGGGGGGCAUAGGGAAAGGGAGUUGGAUGAAGGGAAGUAUGACUAUGAGUAUGAAGAAGAGGUUGAACAGCCACGGCAGCGCUCAGCUGCUCCACAGCCGGAGCAUGGGUCUGAGUCUGAGUUUGAGCAUGAGGUAGAGCAGGAGGAACAGGAGUCUGACUACGACAACGAAGAGGAAGAAGAAGAAGAAGAAACAGAAGAAGAAGAAGAAGAGGAAGAAGAAGAAGAGGAGGAGGAAGAGGAAGAGGAAGAGGAAGAGGAAGAACGCCCCCCUCUUUCCUCCCGCAUCGCGAGCAAAUUCGCCAAUUUGUUUGCCCGCCGGGCUACCCUGCUCGCAACACCCUCUCACCCCACGACUAACGUCCCCGACUCCCCUAGACCCGAACCCGAAUCUCAACAACGUCGUCCACAACCUGACGACGACGAUACCUGGACAAGAACUCACUGGCUCCUCCUCGACUCCCUCCUUCAAUCCCGCAAACAAGGCACGCUCUACUUUCAACUUCACCUCGCCAACCUACAACGCCGACACAACCGGCACUCCCGUCUGGAACCCGACCCCGAACCGGUGUUCAAAACCCCCGGCCGAAGCAUCUCCUCCUCUGGCGGCUCCUCACGCCAAAGAUUGCUUGGCAAGGUGGUUACUUCUCAAGGCGAACGGAUGACGAUUGAGGGGUGGCAUCUAGAUGUCGUGGAGGGAUUUCUGGAAUUGCAGGAAAAAGAAGGGAAUAAAUGGGGGGCAGAGGAGAUUGUGAAGAGGGUGUUUGCGCUGCUGGUGGGAGAGGAGAGACGGCGGAGGGGGUUGGUACCGAAGAGGAGAUGA